CCCCACGCAGCGUCCUUCGUCCGUCGUAUGCGGGGAAGGACGGUAGCAGAUUCUCGAAGCCAAGCCGCAGCGAUGGCAACGGCACCUCGCUCGCAGUCGUCCGCUCUCCCCAUGUGAUUCCACCAUUCCGCGGUACAUUUUCGCCGCCUUAUGCCUACUAUUUAAAUCUCCCCGCGCUCUCUCUUCCGGGCAUCGUUGCGCGGAGUCGCUCUCCCUCCGCGCAUCCGCGUCGGCGGCGCAGUGUGGCGAGCGGUGUGCAUGGCAGCUCGGUAUCUCGCCCGCUCGCGGUCUAGCGCGCUAAAGUCGUCUCCCCAAUCCCUCGCUGCUUCUCUGGAUGGUCUUGCCACCGCUUUGCACUGUUCAAGACCGAGAUCAUCUGGCCCUUCCGCUGGAGCUAGUCUUAGCUCUUCGACUGGCUCUAUUGGCUUCGCUGAUUUCUGCAAUGGUGGCGGGGCAAGUGGCAGGAGCGACACGGCAAGCGGCGUUGUUGUUGCGCCCGAAUGCGCAACCGCGCGUCCGCUUGUGGCUCCGCCGGUUUCCUCGUUAGGCGCGCCCCACCGCGCUUGCCAUCCCGCCGACUUGUGCGGGCCUCAGGAGGCGUCCCCCGCGUGCCGUCUGAGCCCCCCCUUCUCCGCCGUUCCGCCCCGCGCCUUCCACUCGUCCUCUGCUCGUGCGCGGAAACUGCGCGACAAGUGGCAGUCGGCGACCUGUGAUGCCGACCAGUCAACAAGCAAGCACCGGCAGUACGAGCGGCGGCAGCAGCGGGCGGCAGCGAACAGGGAGCUGCGGCGGUGGCGGGGGGCGCAUGUGGGGGAGGUGCAUGUGGACGACGCGCGGUGCGUGCAGGAGGCCCGGCAGUGCGGCAUGGAUGUGCGCAUGCUGUGGGGCAAGGGAGCCACGCCGCACGCUCACGCUAUGCCGCAUGCAUGGGACGCCCAUGGCAGCAGCUACUGCCACAGCCAGCAGCAGCAGCAGCGGGAGGAGGAGGAGCAGCAGGGGAGAGAAGCGGAGGAGAGUGAGUGGGAGGAGGGGGGCCUUGGGGGUGGAGGUGGCAAGCAGCCAUGGGUGCAUCACUGGCAGCAGAUGAAGGCACGAGAGAUCCAAGAGAGGCUACGAGACCGCUCCUUCGCAGCAGCUUCCUUCCACUGGGACGGCUCCUUCUCCUCCUCCUUCGCCCACCACCCCUCCUUCGUCCGCUUCUUCCGCUCCGCCCGCCGCAAGCAUGGGGGCCCCUCCUCCGCGGGGGCAGCCAGAGGAUUCCCGGGCAGAUCGUCCGAGUGGCACGAGAGCGGGGACGCGUGGGGCGGGGAGGGCGGGGCGGAGAGGGAGGGGGGUGACUCGGGGUGGUCGCGGGCGGAUGAGGCGGAGGCGUGGCGGCGGCAGCAGCAGGUGGACUCGUACAUGGACACGGGGGAGGUGGCGUACGACCACAUGCGGCACGACCACGACCACGCAUCGUUCAGUGAGGCGGACUACGAGCCCUAUGGCCAGGGCCAGCAGCAGAACGCGUACUACAAGCGGUGGGCGCCACCCAGAGGCGACCCGUGGGAUCGGUUCGGGCGGAUAUGGCAGGAGGCGGAGAGGAUCCGGGUCGAGACGGAGAGGAUUCGGAAGGAGAGGGAGGAGAGGGCGUGGAAGGGAGGGGAUGCGGGGGGGAGGAAGGCGGAGGGGCUGAGCUGGGAGGAGAUGGAGAUGCGGCGCCUGCUGGGGCUGCCGGCACAGGGGGCCCUCAACCACGCCUCCCUCAAAGCAGCGUACCACCGGUGUGCGAAGCAGUGGCAUCCGGAUGCGCAGCACGCAAUGGGGCAAGAGGGCAGUGCCGAGGCAGAGCGGCAAUUCAAGCUCAUCUCAAGCGCCUAUGAGACGCUCGUUGCGCGCCUGGCCAAGUGAUGGCAUGCACACACUGCCCUGCUGGUCGUAGUGAUUAGAGCAUGCAUGCAUGCAUGCUUGCAUGGAUGCAGCACACACAUACACACACACACGCACGUAUGCACGGCACGCACACACUCACAUGUACAUGCAGUGACGCACACGUGUGCCUGCUCGCACUCAAGCCCCAACUCGCACUCCGUCCUGCCAUGUCCUGGCCCAAGCACUGUCACAUUAUCUCAUCAAAGCAUGCAACACUCCUGCCACCUCUGCUGUUUCCCUCCCACACACACUCCACUGUUGGCAUAAGCAUGUUCCGUAGAAUUGCUGUACUCACUAAGGAUAUACUACCGUUUUAGGGCUUGUUACUACGGCCCCGUAUUCAACUAACCUAGGUUGGCAGUGUACAAUUCGCUUGUUCUUGAUGUGCU